AUGGUCACCUUCUUCGGGUCUGGAUCAGGAGUGGCGGUCUCGGUCUCUUUCUCUCACAUGGUAUGCGAUGCAUCUUCAAUGUUGACCUUCCUCACGAACUGGGCCACAACCGCCGCAAAAGGGAAGUCAACUGAUCCUAUUCAUUUUGCUGAGACGACCAUUUUCCCCCCUCCUCCUCAUGUCUCUUUACAGUCCUCAUCUGUGCCUCGUAAUAUUGUCAAUUUAACAAGCAAGUUUGUAACAAAUAGGUUCGUACGAGUCUUCGAGUCCUCUAAGAUAGCUGAGCUAAAACGCAAGGCGGCGAGCGAGACCGUCCCUGUACCUACACGUGUGGAAGCUAUCUCGGCGCUUGUACGGAGAUGUGCCAGAAACGCCUUGCGCUCUAACUUGUCGGUUCCAAGGUCAACGCUGAUGUACCAAGCCAUGGAUCUGCGGCUUAGGCUUCCCUCUACUGUUUUGUCACGUGACGCGAUCGGCAACUUACAAACAAAAUUAUUUCUCAAGAAAGACGCAGAGAGCGACUUGGAAAUCUGCGAAACCGUGGCCGCAUAA